UAGUUUACGUCGUUACUAGGCAGCGUUAACGGAGUUCCAGACAUUAGCAAAAAAUAAUCUAAAAGAUAACUAUUAAUUUAUACACGUAUAUACGCUGCUAUAAAUGUAAUGUUUUCACGACAAGUCAAUGAACUUUGAUGGGAAAGAAUGGCUUCGUCAAGCGAAAUUCGAGAGAAACUACGAAAGAAACGAAGGGGGUUGCAAGAUAGUCUGGUAAAAAACAAAAAUGACGACGACGCUCAGGCUCUGGUUCCGUCUGCCAAGUUCAAGGUGGACAAGCAACCAACUGCAAUGAAGAAUGCUGAGGGCAAUGAUGAGGACCCAGGAGAGACUCUGAGACGCACAUUAAGAGCCCAGAGACAGAGGAGAAAGAAAACGUUGCUCGAGCAGUCUUUAGUCCAGGAGUGUCAUGAUGCAGAGGGCGUUUCCAUCGCUCAGGGCUGCAGUGCAAAUGAGGGUUCAUCUCAUAGGGCAGAUGAUUCAGUGAUUUCCACAAGACCUCCAACUGGUUCUCAGAGAGAUCUCUCUGUAAGAUCUGAGCAUUCUUCCAGCUCUAAGCAUUUAGACGCCUUUGUGACCAAGCAUUUGCAAGAGAAGCUGAAAGCAGCAAGGUCUAAAGGAGAGAGCCUUCAGCAACAGGAAGCUUCAGCGGCUUCUACCAAGCCAGUCAGUCGACUCAAAAGGCUCAAAAACAGAGACACAGUAACAAGAUUUGAUAGUGAGGUUGAUCCCGUCAGUGCAGGAAGACAUGAAGACCCCCUGUCCCUUCGCUCCAGAGUCAAGUUCCGAGAGGCUGCAAGAAAAGUAGGAAAAGACGUCCCAACGGCUGAGGAAACAUACAAUUUCUUUACAUAUAACCAUGAGCCCGAUCAACCAAGUCAGCUAGACAGGAUUAGCAGGAAGAGGCAAAGACGGAGAGAAAAAGUUGAGGAGGACAGAGAUGAAGAUGGACAAGCGGAAGCUGAGGUGGAAGAGGAUGCUGAAGCAGAAGAAGAUAAUCAAAAUCAAAAUGAAUGCCAGAGUGAAGAAGCUCCUCUGGUUCGAAAUGAAGAUGAUUUAUUCGUCAUUGACCAUUCGCCUAAGGACUUUGUGGAAGUGAAAAAAGCAGAGUAUGUUGCUUACCGAAAGCGUAUUCAGCGAGAUCGUGAACUCCUAUUUACCCCAAGCUUUCAAACAGUUCCAACCUCCAUUAAACUGCCUGAAAACAUGAAGCCCCGCUUUCUGGAGGAUGAGGGUUUCUACGUAGGAGACAGGCCUCCUAUAUCUUUGACCAAUGAAAACAUUUUAGAGAAUCGCAUUUUGAAAAUGGCGGAGGGAAACAAAUGGUUUGGAGAUGAUGGAAAGAUUAUUGCUCUGCCUGACCCCAUAAAGGAAUCGUCCACAAGGCCCCCUCUGUUCCACGUGGAGGGAGAGCUGGAUCCUGCACUGCAAACUGUACACAGGAAGCCUUUCAAGUCCAAGUAUGCAAACAUGUACAUUGCUGGUGCUGCAGACCCUGAGGGUGACUACCAGCUUGAUGUUGAUGUCUCUGGGAUGAUCUUCUCCCAUCACCCUCUCUUCAGCCGCGAACAUGUCCUGGCGUCGCGCCUAGCUCAGCUGUACGAUCAGUACCUCAGCAGGCAGCACAAUAAUCUCACAGGACACCUCACCGACAAGUUGAACGGCCUGAGGAACGCUUUGCGGAACAUGGUGAAGAUUCACGGUGAGCAGGGCUCCUCCGAGGCCUUGCAGCAGAGGAUUUCUGAGUACAGCCUAGAAGUGAGGAGCACUCGGCAACUGCGAGACACGGAACAAGAGAAAGACAGGACUCUGCUGAAGAGCAUCAUUAAAGUGUGGAAGGAGGUCAAGUCCCUGAGAGAGUUUCAGAAGUUUACCAACACACCUUUUAAGCUUUACCUCAGAAGAGAGAAUAUUGAUCGGGUUUUAGAUGAGCGGGAGUAUGAAGGUGAAAUCUUGGCAGAAGUUUUGGAAAUGGAAGCAGAAAGUGAAGAGGAAUACCAAAAGAAACUAGCAGAGUACAAGAAGCAGCUGGAAGACUGGAAACUCUGGAAGAAGAAGCAGAAAGCCAAAAGGAAAAAGAAAAAGAAGAAAAAGAAAGGCCAGGCACAGGAUGACACAGAAGAAGAAGAAGAUCAGGAUGGAAGUGAGUCAGAUGAGCCCUUUGAGGAAGGCCCAGUGAAGCCGAAACCUCCUGACAGGCCAGAUGUUGACUCCAUGGAGCAGUGGGUGAGAGAAAAAGCCUCCAGGAUACGCAGGAAACCAGGAGAGCCCAUUCUGGUCCCAGAACUGUCUGCAUCAGGAAGCAUCACAUCCAGUGAACUCUGCCCCAGGGCUGAAAUUGCUCGAAGAGAAGAUGUUUCCAGACGUUCUCUUUUCAUCAAGAUAUUUUACAACUACAAGGAAGUUUCCAGGACAGACAGUCGCUCCCUGAGCACCGACUUCAGGGCUCACUUUGGUCAAAUUUUCAAUCUGAAGAUACUCAACUGCCCCCAAAGCAUUAACCUGCAGGUGUUUGAGGAGAUUGGGUCAUCGUGCUCCCUUCUGGCUCAGGUCUUUGUUCCAGUACCCGACCCUUCAAUCGUUACAGGCAGCGCCCCUAUGGAGGAAUUUGAGUUCAGCAGCAACCAGCGGGUGAUGUUUGAUCAUGAAGGAGUUGGAAGCGAUGUUCCGCUCUCCUUUGAACCUGAUGGAAGCAACAAACUGACACUGUUGACUUCUGGAAAGCUGUCUUGCUGUGUUUCGUGGGGCAUUGGGGAAGAAGGUGUCCCUCUCGCACCGCCUGUUUCACAGCAACCUGGUGCCACACACAGUGGCCGAGGCCAUCUAGAUGCUGUCUCAUAUAUUGGGGCGUCUGGACUGUAUGACAUGAAGAAAAUUGGUGAGUGGGCAACACAGUCGCGACUGGACCCCAACGAUCCCAAGAACACCUCCAUCAUGCAGCUGCUAAAAGUGGCGAGCAGCGGCGAGGUGACCGCUCCCGACUACUUUCGUCUCGAACAUCUGCAGGAGGAGUUCAAUUUUGUAACUGAUGAAGAGAUAGAGAGAUCCAAAAGGUUCCGCCUGCUCAGUCUUAGGAACCAGGAAGCUCCAGAGUUUCGCUAUUACAAAUUUGUUCCUCUACUUGAGAGGGAGAUCUCUGACAAGGUUUUCCAGGAUUAUGAGAAAAGAUUGAAAGACGGGGAGAUAAUUGACACCAGGGAACAUUUGGAUCCUCACAGAGCUUUAGUGGCCAAAUAUCUUCAGAAGAUACGGGAAUCGGUCAUCAACAGAUUCAUUCUCGCCAAACAUUACUACCAACUGUCCGACCUGGUGAUUGAAGAAGAGAUACCAAGCAUUGGAAGUGAACAGCUACAAACAAGACCAGCUCCGGUUAUACAGAACAGGUCAGCUAGCUGGAACGUGAGCUUACCUAUUAGAAUGAGGAUUCUGGGAAUCAACCUGUUCAAGCUGGCUGAGUCCAAACGGCCACUGAAACCUCAAAGGAAAGAAAGAAAAAAGGUGACUGCCCAGAAUCUGUCCGACGGAGACAUCAAACUGCUCAUUAACGUCAUCCGGGCCCACAACAUCCCGAUCCGAAAACCCCAGAGCAAUAAGCCGGGACAGUCUUCUCAGAGUGCCAUCCAGGGCAGUGAUUGGUACCUCAGCCAGGUACAAGUGAGGCCAUUUGUGGAAGUUUCCUUCCAGCGCACGGUGCUCCAGACAACCACAGCUGAAGGACCGAAUCCAAGCUGGAAUGAGGAGCUGCAGCUGCCAUUUAGUGCUCCAAAUGGUGACUACAGCACUGCCAGUUUGCAGUCGGUCAAAGAAGAAGUUUUUAUCAACAUAUUUGAUGAAGUGCUAUAUGAGACUGGACCGAGUGACAAAGAGAGGACGACAUCCAUUCACACGCAGAUAGAGAAGCACUGGUUGGGCUCAGUCAAGAUUCCCUUCAGCACCAUUUACUCUCAGUCAAAGAUUGAUGGAGCAUUCAAAGUGAACACGCCAGCCGUGCUGCUGGGAUACAGCAGGGAGCACGGCAGUAACAGUGUUUAUGAUCACUGGCGGAGCACGCAUGGGGGGAUGUUUAUUCGACUCUUCAUCACUAUCGAGCCUCAGUUGGUGCCUGGAGAGUCUGUUAGGGAGAAGAUAAAGGAAGUACAGUUUGAAAGUCAGGAGGCUGAGCGCUUACUGCAGGCUUCAGAGAGGUUUGUGAAGGAUGCAGCUGAAAGCUACCCGGACCGCCCCUGCAUCACCACAGUCACAGACCUCAGUGGGAAGACGGUCUUCAUCACUCGUUACAUCCGACCACUCAAUCCCCCACAGGAGUUCCUCGAUGCAUUUCCUAAUAACCCUCAGGAAGCUACGACCCUGGUUGCCCGGUUUGUUUCCCUGAUCCCUUCUUUGCCAGAUCAGGUUUCCUUCUCUGGAACAUGUGACUUAUGGAGCACAUGUGACCAAUUCCUGACUCUGCUGGCAGGAGAUGAGGAGGAACAUGCUGUAUUGUUGUGCAACUACUUUCUCUUCUUGGGCAAGAAAGCCUGGCUUAUAAUUGGCACAGCCAUACCAGAGGGACCCACAGCAUAUGUCCUAACCCAUGAGCAGAGUGGCUACUUUAUCUGGAACCCCUGCAGUGGACAGUUCUACGAUAAAGACGACACAUUCUGCCCUCUGCAAACUGUUGGCUGUUUAGUUAAUUCUGACAACGUUUGGUACAACAUUCAGGAAAAUCCUUCACCGUUGAGCACAAAUUUUGACAUCACAAAGGCCAACAUGUGGAAACCGUUUUUCUCCCGCUCCUUCUCCCACCCUGGGCUGUCUAGUGUACAGCCCGAGGAGUUGAUUUACCGCCACACAGACAGAGCAGCUGCAGCUGAGCUUCAGGACAGAGUUGAGAAGAUACUAAAGGAGAAGAUUAUGGAGUGGCGCCCCCGUCACCCAACUCGCUGGAACAGGUACUGCAACAGCACCCUGAAGCAGUUUCUGCCCAAACUGGAGCUGGGCCGUGGACAGGACGUUGCUGAGGGCCACCGUCUUGAGUUGCAGAACCUCCUGGGAGACUACAGGAUUGCAGGAUUCCCCCUCCAUCUGCCAUUUUCUGAGAUCCGACCAAUCAUAGAGGCAGUUCACAGCACUGGGGUUCACCACAUUCACUCAUCCAAUGUAGAGUUCGCACUGGCAGUGUAUGUGCAUCCUUAUCCCAACAACGUGCUGUCCGUGUGGGUGUACCUAGCCUCACUCGUCCGGACAUGACACAAAGACUGAACCAUCUCCUGGUUUCACUGUGUUGCUUUUUUUAUGAGAAAAUUUCAUGUAUAUUAUAUGAAGUUUUACCUUUUUCACAUGAACACUAUUGUGUAUUGUAUGUCAAUUUGAUAUAUUAAAUAUCUGUUGAAUCAGUCACACUCCA